GAUCUCUCUCCAUGCCUUGGUCAGUUUUGAGGAGAGAAAUGUUUGGCGGAGGAAGCAUUCCAGGUUCAUUUAAUCCUCAGGGCCAGCACCUGGAUGUUUGGGCGGCCUGGGCACCAAAAGUGUGAAGGCUGCUGAAGAGAUGGCGUGAGGCCCACCUGACCCUCUGAGUCUAAGAUAACAGGGCCCUGGAGCAUCCUGGAGCUGCUCUGUGUGAGCUGGAUUUCAGCCUUAAGCUCUAUUGGAGGGCUUCAGGACCCCUCUGAGGCGGAGUCUGCCUGGGGAAUCGCUUGCUGGAGCAGAGCAGUAGUUCUCAUCAGCGAUCCUUUAGAAGGUGCUGGACUGCAGGCAGGGAGACGAAAAACUCAGCUCUUCGGACGUUUUCUGAGAAGCAGCUGGAGAACUCAGUGCCGUUAGUGUCCAGGGAGGUUUCCCACCCAGGUGCCAGAUGUUCCCCACCCCACCCCUCAAAGGAGAGGCUUGGGAGGAUACAAGAUCACGGAGCUAAAGGUGACCUAGCCCAGACCCCUCGUUUAACUGAGAUCACACCGCUAGCCUGUGUUGGAGCCGGGCUGCCGGUGUCCCAACCUCAUUCAGAUUCUCUCCUUUCGGAUGACGAGAGGGAAGCGUCGGGGCUGCGACAGCAGGAAUCCCCAGACGGUGUGAUACCCAUUUCCUCUGGAGUCGGGCAGUUCCCCUCAGUUUGAUCACAGUCUGCGACCUUUCUGUGGAAAGGCCUUCAAGAGUGAAGGAGAGAUAUUCGCACCCUGUGGGAAAUUGAGAAGGGGCCCUAACCCUGUUGCGGUGCAAAGACCCCAGGAAGCUCCGCCCAGCCCUGGCAGUUGGGGCUGAGCUGGGGAGGAAGGAACUCGUACUGAGAUACUGAGGAAGUCUAGGAGCACAGAGAGCAGCACCCAGACUAGCGCACAGUUCAGCUGUGCGAGAAGAGAGGAACAGAGCAAGGGAACCCUCCGUCCGCUUUGUAUCUCACCACCACUGAUCAUAUCGAAACAGCCUGGGAUGGACAACACCAGCAACUGUACCUAUGAGGACAAAAGCCAGCUCCAGGAGAUAGCCAUGAGAGUGUACAUCAUCAUUUUGCUGGUUCUGGGUAUUAUGUUCAACGCCUUGGCCUUGUGGGUGUUCUGCUGCCACAUGAGAAAGAAGUGGACAGAGACGGUCAUCUACAUGACCAACCUGGCUGUGGCAGACUUCUGCCUGCUCUGUGCCCUGCCCAUCAUGCUCUACUCCCAAAAGCACAGCAAGCAAGAGGACACCGUGCUGUGCCAGACCUCCCAGAGCAUCUACCUGGUGAACAGGUACAUGAGUAUCAGCAUCAUCACCAUGAUUGCUGUGGACCGCUAUGUGGCCAUCAGGUUCCCGAUGCAGGCCAAGAGGCUGCGGUCCCCUGGCUGCUCUGCCAUCAUCUGUGCUGUUCUCUGGGUUUUGGUCAUCAUCUGCACAGCCAGCCACAUGGCCUGGCAAGUCAAAGAUGGCGGCUUCUGCUUUUCCAAUGAGAAUUUCAAAGGGUCAAAGACAUCCAUCUUCUCCAUCCUUAGCUUCUUCAUCCCCUUGAGCAUCCUGACCUUCUGUUCAACCCAGGUGAUCGUGAGCCUGGUGAGGAAGAAGAAGACGGAUGCCCACAAGAACAGACACAUCCAGAAAGCCAUCUGGAUCAUCAGCACCAACCUGCUCGUCUUCGUGGCCUGCUUCCUGCCCAUGCAUGUGGCCUUGAGUGUCCGGCUCAUCAUGAAUCCCACGACCUGCUCCAGCAUACGCACCUGGAAGAAUGUCAUUUUUAUAACCUCACGUUUGUCCAAUGCCAACUGUUGCCUGGACGCUAUCUGCUACUAUUUUGUGGCCAAGGAAUUCCAGGAGGCAUCAGCCAAAACCAUCUUCACUUUGUCCAGGCCCUACAAGCUCCAAGACUCAACACAGGGAUCUGCUGCUUAACAAAUGUAGACGUCAGAGCUGCCAUAGCUUCUUGAAUUAUGGUCCCUGUGGUGGGAUGGAGAGGGAGUGGCUGGUCUUAGAGGACCACAUGCUCUGCCGGUGUUUCCUGCUUUACCAUCCAGCAUGCACCCCGCCUCACCCUCAGAGCCCUGGUGCUGGGAUUCAGGAGAGGCAGGCUCUAGUCCAAGGUCUUAUCAUCAGCUUACCGUGUGACCUUGGACAAACUAUCUGGCUUUCCUGGGCCUCUAUUUCCUCAUCUGUGAAAUGGGCAGAUGGGGAUGGGAUAAAAUGCAGGCUUGACCGUGACAAGUAAGAAGCUUCACUGGCUCCCCAUCACCUCUUGGAUCAAAUAAACUCUUUGCCUGGGGCUUAGAGUCCUUCACAGCGUGGCCCCAGCCCAUCUUUCUAGGCAAACUACACAUUCCUCUCUUUCACAUACAAUGCAUUCCAGUCAGACUGGCCUCGUUGCUGGUCCUAGGCCUCUUAUCCAUCUCCCAGCUCCGUGCCUUUGCAUAGGCUGUGCCUUCUGGAAUCUCUGGCUCAGCAACAGGCCUUUCCUGAUGCCCUCCUUGUUCAUGUUCCCCUCCUCCAGUCACUUUGGAUGUAUUUGGUGUCUCACUUGUACUUGCCUACGAACAUGGUAUAUGUCCCAGGAGAACGGUGAAAACCAAAGCCGUGGUUUUGGCUUGGAAUCCUCAGUGCCUAGCACUGUGCGUGGCACAUUGUAGGUGUUUAAUAAAUACUGGGUGGAUUUUUGUACAUGUUAUCUCCCCGCCAUCUCCACCCGAAGUGUAAAUGCCCUGGUGGCAAGGGCGAAUGUGAGAUUCUGUUUCUGUCUACGUUUCCCCAGUGCUAAGCACAUCCUUCAAAUGUCUUGGCACAUAGCAGGUAUUUAAUAAAUGCUAAUUAAAUUGAAUUGAACCAGGAGUAGCCUUGCCACCUUGUGACUUUUCUUCCCUUUGUCCCUCAACACACACACACACACACACGCACGCACAUAAUCACAAUACAUAUGUACAUGCCACACAUAUACACAUAUGAACACACAUGCACACAAUAUGUACCGCACAUACAACAUGUACGUGCAUAUAAUGCAUGGCACACACAUGAACACAUCCCAGCACAUGUACACACAUUCCCAUGCACAUGCACAUAUAGACACACACCACACACACAUGCACACAAAUCUAUUUGCCCAUACACAUGUGGACACACUC